GGAGACUGAAGCAUGGAGGUAGUGGACAGUCCUGUCAAUCUCGCCCAUCAGCAGUGCAGGAAGGCAGACCGCUUGCUUGCUGCUGGGAAAUAUGAAGAGGCGAUCUCUUGCCACAGAAAAGCUGCAGAACUGCUGAAGGAGGCCAUGAAGCUCACAGAGUGUGAACAGGCCCGCCUGUCUUUAGAGCUGCAGCGAGACAGCCACAUGAAGCAGCAGAGGUUGAUCGAGGAGCGGUGGAAGCGAGCAAGGCGUGAAGACAAGCCCCGUGUCCUUCAGGUGCCCCCGCACUCCUCCUCGGAGUCAGUGCCUCAGGCUCAGCUGAGCUCCUCCUGCCCCGAGCGCGAGUACGACACCUGGCUGUACCUGCUGAGAAACAGAGGCUCCUCCGGUGCGGCGCCCGAGCCGACUUCAGGCACCAAGGCCUACAAAGACGACAAGACGCGCCUGGAGGAGCAGCGCACCACCAUCGAUGACCUGCGCCAGCUCCUGGAGCGCCUGUUAGCAGAGAACGAGCGCCUGACACUGGAAAACAAACAGCUGCGGCAGGAGAACGCGCGCCUGCGCAGGGAGAGUGAAGCCGACGCCCAUCUAGUCGAGAGCUCGGAGCUGUGGCCCCUGCCUUCAGCACCUGACCAGCGCAAACCUGCAGGUAUCACCAUCCCACACCUGCCCCCGCUCGAGAUGCCGCCUCACGAGAUCCCGCUGGAGGAGCUGCCCGCGCUCGAGCUGCCCGAAGAUAUCCUGGAGGAGCUGCUGGAUGGAGAGAAGCUUCUGGACAGAGGCGCUCAGCUCAGUCCUGGUCACGUAACCAUCGACACAGAAGAGCUGUGCAGGUGAUGACAGACAAAGUUUUAACAUUUUUUCCAGAUUAUGGAGGUGAACAGUCCCUGUAACUGCCAUCAGAUCUGUAUUCUGCUCUCCCUUUCCCUACUUGGUACCGAGGAGAAACGAAUGUGUGGGUGUGUUUUACUGUAGACGGUGCAGGACACAACACAGCAACUUUUAGGCCUGGUAACGACCUUCAUCUAUUUUUUACCUUUGGAGGGGAAAACACGUGUCCACCAAAACUACUUCAAGCUAACUUCAGGUUGCUGUAUUUGAUCUCAGACCUGCCGGCGGUUUUGCUGUGGAGGAGUGCAAACGAUAGGAAUCAACACUUUAAUACGACUUGAUCUUUCCUGCUAUAACAUCGGCUUGUUCUGUGUUUUAGUUUUCUUCUGUUAUCAUUUCUGUCCUGAAGAUGCCGUGGGACAAAAGUCCCUCAGCUUGGCUGUCAGUUGCUGUGGCUUUAUUAUAAGCUGCUCAGUGAUGUUAUGAUCAGAUGAAAUGAAGGUUAUACGAUGUGCACCCUUGGUCUACUGGGUUAAUAAUUUACAGUAUGAAAAUGGGACAGGACCAGUUGUUUAUGUGAAUACUAUGACUUUAUGUGGAGCCUUUCAAACAGUUUUUAACAUUAUAUUCAGACAUAACUUGGAUAUGUGACAAAAAAUGAACUUGAUGUGUCUGUAUUAUAUAAAUGGUGCCU